UUCUCUCCAUUUGUGAAUCUGUUCGCCAAACGCCAAUGUAAAUAGCACGUUGAAGUAAAUCUUGGAGCAAUGGAAGUCUCUUCCUCGUCGGAUUCGCUGUUCAAGCAGCUUUUAUGCCCUUUGUGCUCCCAGCUGUAUACUGAUCCAGUAGAGUUACCUUGCCAACACUUUUUCUGCAGAGGCUGCAUAACCAUGCACUGGCAAGAGUUUGGUAGUUGCGUCUGCCCUCACUGCAGUACUGUGUUUGAAGGGGACAACUUCCGAACCAACAAGUUGCUGAACAAUAUCACAGAGUAUCUGCAGCAGAAGCAAUUGAUGGCAACGGAGAUGCAUUCUUACCCUCUGUGUACAGAACACCAGAAGAAGCUAGAGCGUUUUUGUAUCACCGACACUGAAGUAAUUUGCCUGGAUUGUCGGGAUUCCAGGAAGCAUCUUCACCAUGAGGUGCUCAAUGCCCAAGAAGCAGCAGGAGAAUUUAAGGAGCAGCUAAAGAAAUCCCUGAAGAAUCUGUCCCACAAGAGAGACCAGCAGAACUCGAUUAUAGAAAACUUUGAAGCUCAGCUCAAUGCGAUUCCAGAGAAGACCAAGGCAGUGGAAGAGCAAAUCAAGAAGAGCUUUGGCAAGUUGCAUGCCUUCCUGUAUGAAGAAGAGAAUGCCCUGCUACGGAAACUUCAUGAAGAUGAGGAGCAACUAAGACAGAUCCUGGAGCAGCGCAUCCAGAUUAUCAAGAAUGACCUACAGUUGCUGACCACUGGAGUAGAUGAAAUAGAAAAGAGCAUUGAAGAGGAAGAUGAAAUCUCUUUUCUGAUGAAACUGAAAGAAAUGCAGGAAAGGACCAAUAUCCCAAGUAAAGAUGUGGACCUCUCUCCUGUGGCAUUAAGUGAUGACCAGUAUGCUGGGCCACUGCAGUACUGGAUCUGGAGGAAGAUGCUUAAUAUUCUCGAAUUAACUCCAGAACCAGUUAAAUUAAACCCUGAGACUGCUUGCCCCUUCUUGAUCCUUGAUGGACAGACAAGAGUGCGUUGUGGUGACAAGAAACGAUCAGUGCCUGACCUUCCUGAGAGGUUUGACCCUGCUGCAUGUGUUCUCGGCAACACUGGAUUUGACUCUGGAAGAUACUAUUGGGAAGUGGAUGUUGGUAUAAAGACUGAGUGGGGGUUGGGUGUGGCAAAGGAUUCUGUGACUCGAAAGGGGGAAGUAAAACUAUCACCUUCCAAUGGGUUCUGGGCCAUUGUUCGAGAUGGAGAGGUGUAUGGGGCCUAUACUGUGCCUCCUACCCCUCUUAAGCUGACCAAGCAGCCUAGGAGGAUUGGAGUAUACCUUGAUUGUGAGAAAGGGUUGCUGUCAUUCUAUGACCCUUAUGAGUUCUGCUGUAUCUACACCUACAAAGACACCUUUGUGGAAAAGGUGUACCCUUUCUUCUUUACUGGUGUGAAGAUGGGCAAGGGGCUACCAUUGCAGAUUGUGACACCUAGGCUGUGACACCAGGGAUGGCAGAGCAAAUAAGUGCCAUCAUCAAAAAAGCAGUAGGCACUCUUUGUUACCUAUAGGGGUGGGAGGUUGGCAUAAUGGUUAAGGUGUUUGCCUUGUAAACCAAUGGUGCAGGGUUUGAUUCUCAAAUGGGGUAAUAGGCUAGGCUUAAAAUGGUGCACAAAGGCAGUUAGCCUAGUACUAAUCUAUGAAUAGAGUGUUGGGAAUGCUGCAGGAAAAAGAAUGCUUUUUUUACAGAAGGAGCGGUGGUGGUUUAACAGUAAAGAAGAUGGAAUAAUGCUGAACUUUGAGCUUCAGUUAAUUUUUUGAACAGAUGUUUAUUUCAGAGCAAGUUUUAUUUGACCCUAAUGUCAAAUUGUAGUGAUGAUCAGGGUAAAUUGUAAAUUGUUAGACAUGUUUGGUUAAUUAGCACUUAUUUCCUUUGUCUUUGGGUUAUUCAGGGAGCCAGAAUUAUGGUAGGAUUAUGAAAUACGUACCUCAGUGCUACAGCAGAACUGGUUGUGAGAACGCAGUUGAGUAAAAUGUUGGUUGCUUUUGUUUGUUUUAUACAUCAUAUGUGUUGCUUACUGUUUUAUCUCCAUUUUCCCACAAUUUUUGAGUGAGGAAAAAAAUAAAUGAAAAAAAAAAAAAUGUG